UGUAUUGACGAUUGUCCUGUCGACAUUGACGUUCUACUUUCUAAAGGGAGCGAAAAUCAACAAUCUGUAUUAAAUUGCUACUAACGCUUCAAAAUUACGUUAAAUUACAAGUUAUUUGAGAAGAUGCCGUCGAUGAAAGUGGAAGGUGACAGUGAUGGUGAUGGGGAUAUGUCGGGAGGAGAUACCGAGCGUUCAAAUGGGUCAUCCAGAGGUCCUGACAGGGAUUCCAGUGCUGAGGAAGCUGAUGAGCCUGACUCCGAUGACUCCUCGGAGAUGGACGAGAGCGAGUGCGAGAGGAGGAGAAACGAGUGUCUGGAUAACCUAGCCAACUUGGAGCGUCAGUUCUCGGUGCUCCGCGAGCAGCUGUACUGCGAGAGGGUGAAGCAGGUGGACCACCAGCUGGCCGAGGUCCGUGGUGGACGAUCUCAAGAGUACCUCGGACCUUUACGGAGGUUGCAGGAGAAUAUGAGGAUUAGGAUCGAGGUAGCUGGCAUACUGAAGCAGAUGCGUAUAGAGAACAUAAAACAUAAGUACGAGGCAGAGGAGCAAGCAGCUCACCAGCAUUUUAAGAGUGAAAAAUGGCUGGCGUAUGAAAACUUGAAGGAAGAAAUCUUAGAGAAAAUUAAGAAACUUGAGGAGGAGCGGCACACGGUGGACCUCUGGUCUUGUGGGCCCGAGUGGGGGAGGAAGAGGCGCAGGAGACAGGUGACGGUGUCCCCUCCCUACGUGGUGUACAUGCUGCCCGAUGCUGACAUCAUGGAGGACUGGAGGCUCGUCAGGAAGCUUCUGGAAAGAACUGAUUAACACUCUACAAAGAUUUUUCUAGAUAUUUUUAUAAUGUGUAAGGUUAAAUCGUGAGAAGAUCUGUAAAUAGUGGCCGAUUGCCACUUUCAUAGUACAGGUUAUUUGAGGCACGUUUUAUCGCCAAAAUUUAUAACCUAUCUCAACCUAAAAUCUGUGGAUUAAGAUAGAUUUUUCUCAGAAACUCCAUACAAAUGUUAUAAUGACAAAAAUCGAUCCUUGUCCAUAGAUUUUGGAUUGGAUAGGUUAGAAAUUUCGGCCGUUAUAGUAUUUAAAAGAAAGACUUAGUUACUCAAUUUCAAGGACAAUUUGAUUAUAUUUCUUGAAUCACAUUUUUGGCGGAGAUAUGGCCGUAGUAAGUAAAAGUACUAUAAAUAACAAAGAGACGUUUUAAUGAGAAGAUUCGUAUAGGAUUUAUGCAGCUCACGGGAGACAUUGAAAAAUACAGUGUUGGCCAAAAGUAUUAGGCAAUAUACUGUCGGACACUCCUCUUUUUGCUGCUGAAGGGCCUAAACCUCAUCGAUCAUACAUUCUUGAACAUUUAUUAGCAUUUAUCACUAAUUCGCGUAUUUAUUUACAACUUUACUUCACAACUUCUACAAUCCUACUCCAUAAUCACACGCUGUCUGUAUAUUUUGUGUACAAACAACAGUGCCGGUGUUUACAAACACUUGAUAACAAACGCUAUACUUCGCAUUUCAUUAAUUUAACAAUUUCUUUUUUCAUCCUCUACAUAACAUUUCAAAACGGCAUUAUUUAUUAAAUUCCUUGUUUUUACUGUGUACUUCUAAAAUUAAUCAUAUAAAUGUACACUAAUUAAUUUGGAGUAAAGAUAGAUUGAAAAAGAAUGUAUCUUUGUGAUUGUUUAUAGAUGACCUAAUACUUUUGGCCGAUACUGUACGAUGUAUAUUUCUUAGCCAAGUUUUAAACCCUUAAUGGACGAUAUGAUUGUAUUUAUUUUUGUAGGGUACAAAACACAAGAGGUUGUGUAUGUUACCGAAUUAUGGAAACAAAUAAUCAGGAUUCACUAUUGUUUUAAGUGUCAAUUUCUACAUAGUAUCGAAUUGGGUAGUUUCCUCAGUCAAAAAUAAAUUAUUUCGACUUUUCAAUACAAUAAAAUAUUCAAAAAUAAUCACACUUUCAUUCAUAGAUUUGAUGAUCUACUUAAUUUUCAAAUUAUUCUAAAUAAUUUUCUAGAAAUAAGUUUACGUAAAAAAUCGUAGAAAAUAUCGUUUUUGACGUUUCGAAAUAAAUAUUGAAUUUGACUAGUAGGAAACUAGCCUAUUCGAUGACUUUUGACUCGUAUUUAGUCGGCAGUCAUUGCUACUACUGUUGGAGUGUUGACACUUAACUAUUGUUUGAAGUAAAAAUAAAUGUUCAAAGUGA